AUGACCCCUCUGUGAGCAAACAAAAUUUUUUAUCAAAAAAUAUUUUUAUAUAUAAAUGAUAAUUAUUAUAAUAAAAUCUCAAGCUUUCUCUGUUUAGGGUGCAGGCCAAAUGACUUUACCUUUUUGAUAGUGUCUAUUUCACCGAAAAAUUUUUGGCCGAAAAUUUUUGAUAGUGAGACAUUUGACCGAAAAAAACAGUUAAUUUUCGGCCAAAUGUCCGCACUAUCAAAAAUUUUCGACCAAAUGGAUUUCGAAGAAAAUUAG